AUGAAUCCGAGGGGUUGUGCCGGUUCACCUCUCACCACGGCGCGGUUAUUUACAGCUGCUGACAGUGAUGAUGUCUCCACAGCUAUACAGUUCAUCUAUAAGGCAAGGCCAUGGACUACAUUGAUGGCCGUUGGCUGGGAAUAUGGUGCAAACAUGUUGACAGAGUACUUGGCAGAAGCUAGAGAGAAUACACCUCUUAUAGCUGCCACAUGCAUAGACAAUCCAUUUAACUUAGAGGAGGCUACAAGGUUCUCUCCUUAUCACAUGGCCAUUGAUCAGAAGCUCACUGGUGGAUUGAUAGAUAUUCUAAGAUCUAAUAAGGAACUAUUUCAAGGCAAAGCAAAAGGGUUUGACGUGGAGAAGGCUUUAUUGGCAAAGUCUGUUUGUGAUUUUGAAAAAGCAAUAUCUAUGAUAUCUUAUGGUUUUGAGGUACUAGAAUACUUUUAUUCAGAGUCUAGCACAAGAGACGUGGUUGGGAAUGUGAAGAUUCCUGUUCUCUUUAUACAGAUCAAACUUACCAAACUUUAA